AUGGGGGGCUCCUGGCUCGGUGGCACUCUUCAUGGCGCACUAGCAUCGUCGCCUAGGUCCAGGACCGUCACCCGGUUCGACAACAUCGACACAGAUGGACACACGUGCUGCAUUGCCAAGAACUGCAAAGCGGAUCGUGUGCCAGGCCACGUUGCGAAGGCCCAGGGGAUCCAGUUUCAACGGCUGCAUCUCGUGGCGCCUCCAGCGCGGGUCUGCCAUCGAGACGGGCCCAAGCCCGGAGCCGAAGGAAGUAGUGGUGCUCAUGCGUGCCGUAACCCGGCGUGGAAUAGCCUCGACCGAACCUUCCCAGCGAGUGGAAAGGCCAACCACAGCCGGCCGGGCUCGACGACACUCCCAGCCCGCCAAGCCAGUCAGAACUAUUUGGACAAAACGCACCACACAUUCACCCCGGCCAUUCCGUCUCAGAAGGCUCGCCCCGACGCCCUCUUGAGACAGCUACGCGCCGCAAUUCGCGAGGAACGCCUCGGAUGGUUUGCGAUUGGCCGUGCUGAUGCUGGGGCCAAGGCAAAACCAGUCGAGUCCGGUGUUUGGGGUACUUGGUUGAUGCCCGCCAACCCGAACAUGGCGACUCAGAAACGCCCCAUGCGCCGAGAGCUAGUGGCUUCCGAUAUCACGGCCAGCGUGGUCUUGGCCGAGGCUUGUCAUUGCUUGCCAUUGCUUGCUGCCGCUUGGUGUUGCUUGACCAUGGCUCCUCGCCGUCGGCAUGCAGUACCAAGAGCAUUCAAGCCUUCCCUAGCGGCGCCAUAUUGCUUGGUAGCGGUCCAGCACGUGGGCAGCCCACUGGUCCUUGGUUUUCAGCUGUCCAGACAACUCCUGGGCUCCCUCAAACGACUUGGACCCUUCCAGGCUCUUCUGACACAUCUGGAGGGUACCAGCUGA